UUUAUUCGCAUCUGUCUUCUGACUUGGAACGUUGUGUGCUGCGUUUGCUGCUCAACGAAUUUUAUACAAUUUUACAUUGACGGAAACAAUUCAAUUACCACCGCAAAAUGUGCAAAUGUCUGGCCGGUAACGUGGCAUGCUGCUGCUUUAGUUGCGCACUUAGCAUGCUGGUAUCCAUUAUCAGCGCGUUCUUCGUACUCAUUGUCAUCGUUGGCUUAGUAGUUUACUUCGUUUACUACUACGAGAAGGAGGAUGAUGUUUCCAAAAUUACGAACGAUCUUCAUGAUGGAUUUAAGAAUACCGUUGACAAAUUGAAAAAUACUUUGAGCUCAUAAAUAAAAGCCAAUUGCGUUUUUUCGCAAAAUAAACUAUUUAUAUUAAAAUUCCAUGGAUACAAAAAUAAGUUUAGCUUGUACCUGUUGCCUCCAAAAAUUAUCCACCAAAUUGCCUAUAAUUCCUGUUCAAACCAAUUUUUAAAUGUCUACAGUUAAUUGUCAAAGCAAAAUGCUUGCAUUUAAGCCGCUCUGUACAAACAGUGUUAACAAUAAGUUUUUUAAAAAUAUUUAUAUGCAAGUUUACAUGUUUAAUAAAUCGCUCUUUUGAAUCUCAAAGCA